AUGUCCUACUACUAUAACACGUACGACUCGGACUCGGACGACGACGACUACUACUACUCUGCCAACACAGUUGUCCACACCACCGGCUACGCGGAGGUGGUGCAACCCGCUCCUGCCUACUGCGCGACUUGUGACCGCACCUUCCUCAACGAGCACAACUUGCAGCAGCACCUCCGUUCUCACAUUCACCGCGGCAAUGAUACUCUCUGUCCCUUCUGCAACCGUGGCUUUUCGACCGCGACUGGUCUCAUUCACCACCUCGAACGCGGCUCCUGUCCCCGUGCUCCUGGCAUUGACCGCGAACAGAUCUUCCGCAUCAUGAAGCAGCGCGACCCCAACGGCUAUGUCACCAACCUGCUGCUCAAGUACGAGACCUCGUCGUUCACCACUUCAAACCAGAGCUGGAACGGUCGCGCGUGGCAGUGCUACUUCUGCAACCGCGAGUUCCGCACCCAGUCUUCCCUCAACCAGCACCUCAACUCGCCCGUUCAAUCUGUACCACUGCCCCAACCGCCGUACGUGCAACAGGCAGUUCACCACGCUCGCUGCGGCCGUGAACCACCUCGAGAGCGAGCGCUGCGGCUUCAUGACCUUCAACCAGGUGCAGAACACCAUGGGCAACCUGAUCGGCAGCGACCGCCGCUUGACCUUCUGAAGCCCCUUGCCAAACCCCGCUACAGGGUCUGGGACCCACUUCGUCUCUGA